CCCUAAAAUCUUUAGCGAAUGGACUAGUCGAGGUGCACGAAAUCCGGCUCAAUAAUCAUAAUAUGAAAUUUGACUAUGAAAGCCCAUAAAAGGUGAUCGUUGUGCAGGGAAAGCCUCUGAGAUUUCACACUAUUGGCGCCUCUCGAACACCCCCCGUACCUUGGACUUUCAGCUCCGGUAUCUCCAAAGAGUAAUCUCUCGAUUCCGUGGACAAAAAAUACAGCUUCUUCUUGAGGUCAUGCUAUAUCGAUAGGAACCAGCUAAGGACGGUUGAGAGGACUCGAACCAAUGGUAGUUUCUAGCACUAAUCCCCACAACAGGGAAAUGGCCAUUAGGAGAAGGAUGGCCAGCAUAUUCAAUAAAAGAGAAGACGAUUUUCCAUCCUUGAAAGAGUACAAUGACUACUUGGAAGAAGUGGAGGAAAUGACAAUCAAUCUGAUUGAAGGAUUGGAUGUGCCGACUAUUGAAGCGAAGAUUGCAAAGUACCAGGAAGAAAAUGCUGAGCAGAUUAUGAUUAAUCGUGCGAGGAAGGCUGAAGAGUUUGCUGCGGCAUUGGCUGCAAGCAAGGGGCUGCCUCCCCAAACGGAUCCAGAUGGGGUUCUUAACUCUCAAACAGGAUUGAGUGUUGGGACACAGGGACAAUACGCUCCCGCAAUUGCUGGAGGGCAGCCAAGGCCAACAGGCAUGGCCCCGCAGCCAGUGCCACUUGGGACUGGCCUUGACAUCCAUGGAUAUGAUGAUGAAGAAAUGAUAAAGCUCCGAGCCGAAAGGGGAGGCAGAGCGGGAGGGUGGAGCAUAGAGCUAAGCAAGAAAAGGGCUAUUGAAGAAGCAUUUGGAAGCGUUUGGAUAUGAUUCACUUAGUUUUGGCACUGUUCUUGUUUGUGGGCGGUAGCAUUCUAAGAUGGUUCUUAAGAGAGGAAGCCAGAAUUGCAAUUAUUAUGAUUGAUCUGACUAAGGAGUGUUUGCAAUGAUCCGCAUGAAGAUCAUGUCUUUUGGGCUCUUGCAUGGGGAGCAUUCCGAGCAGUGGCAUCCUUGCUUGCUGUUCGCUGGCAAUUUUAAUGCGACAUUGAAGGUGUAAAAUUGUUACCUCCUCCAAUACGAUCAUACUUGGGAUAGUAAUGGGAA